AACAUGGCAACACCAGUUUUUCUACCUGUCAAAGUUGUCAAUAUUUUCGACGAAGAUCGAAAUCGAAAAAUAUUGCAAAAAUGUCGCUAGGAAAGAUUUUAGCGCUCGAUAAACUUACUAAUUUCUUCAAUGCGCUCCGCCAGAAUGGUGGAAUAAAAGGUUCCCUGUAUAAACUGUACAGACAAGAUGAAUUGAAAGAUGGCAAACUGGUGGGAGAGGAUAAAUACGGAAACAAAUACUAUGAGAACGCUCGCUACUUCUACGGCAGGAACCGAUGGGUGGAGUACAAUGACAAGGUCUACUUGAACUACGAUGGAAGCCAGGUUCCCGCUGAAUGGUUUGGCUGGCUCCACUACAAAACUGAUCUGCCCCCACACCAGGACCCGAGCAGACCCAAAUACAAAUGGAUGGCUGACUUCACAGAAAACAUGUCGGGCACGACCGGCCAAUACGUUCCCUACAGCACGACCAGGUCCAAGGUGGAACCCUGGGUGCCCAAGAAAGCCGCUUAAGUUCUUCAACCGGAGCAUACCCUUAGUAUCAUUCUGUACAAAAACUCACUUUUAACAAGAAAGGAAAAACAAAACGCUGUUUAACUGUCACGGUUUUGACAGCUGUCAUGCUCUUGACAGAUGUCACAUCUGACAGCUGUCAAAAUUAGCGUACGUUGGACGAAACUGCAAUAAAACGAUGCGAUCGAGUAAUGAUGCUAUGGGAAUAAUGACGUUGUAAAAUUCAGUGGAAUAUUUAACUCCAUAGUUAUAAGUAGAAAAUGAAAUAAAUCAUAUUUUGAGUUCAUUGUUAA